AAUCGGUAGGGCUUGAGUUUCAGAAUCACUGGAGUGCGUGAUAGCUUAACUAGAACUCGACCCUCCGCCCUUCCCUGAGCGAAAACCUCAGCCGCUUCCCCGACUCACCUGCGGGUUUCUGUAGGGCUUCUCUCUCUCCUCACUGUCUCUUUUUCUCUUUAGAAGCAUCAAGCUACCAGACCCAAUAUCAAAACCAUAUCGAAAUCGCUGGUGAGCUCGUCUUUUCGAUUCGUUAAAUUACUACUGCUUUUCUCGUUGAAUUGUUUAUUUCUGGAACGAUUAUAUUCAAAAUUCCACAGUUUAGACGUUGUUAGAAUUUGAAUUCAAAGUUUGUUGGGAAUUUCAGAUCCGAAUUUGCUUGAAAUUUUGGACUAGAUAGUGUGAUUCGAUACCUGGAACUCGAAAGACACAAUGCCGAGAGCAAAUCAAGGAAACCCUAAUAAUCCAUUGGAACAGAAUACAAACAGAGCAGUGAUGAGGAGCAAAUUUCAAUAUCUGCCGCGGGGUUUGAUGGUGGACAUUCUCUCAAGGAUAGUCUGCUUCAAGACCGUCUUGAACUGCAAGUGCGUUUGCAAAGAGUGGCUUUCUAUAAUUUCUGACCCUCAAUUUGCUCGUCUCCAUCUUCCGAGAUCACCCAUUGGGAUAUUGGUGAACGUUUGGCAAUCUCAUUCUCCAGUGAAAAAACUUGAUUUGGCCCAGAUAGUAGAAAGUGCUGCUGGUUCUGGUUUUGGGGUCAAAAAAAUGAUUUUCACUUCCAAAAAUAGACUGCCCAGUUUCGAGUUCGAGUUGAUAAACUCUUGUGAUGGUUUACUUUGUUUGUAUGGACCGGAAACUGAUGGUCUGUAUGUGUGCAACCCUGUGUUGGGCGAGUGCAUCGCAAUUCCACCUGUUAAUAAUGGUAGGUGUCGCUGCGGUUUUGUUGCACUUGGUUAUAACAUUGGGACCAAUGAAUACAAGGUGUUGCAAACAACCUCAUCUAAUAACGAAUUCUAUGGUGAGCGUGAGGCUGAGAUAUACACCAUUGGCACAGGAGUUUGGAGAAGCCUUGGAAGUGUUCCUCAAACUAUACUUGAUGUAUCUACAGACGAAGCAAUUCAGUUACCGUUUGACGCUUUUCUGCACGGAGCUCAACAUUGGGCUCCAUAUGACUUGUCAGAGUUUUCUAUAUAUUCUUUCAAUUUUGAAAGAGAACAAUUUCAAUCGCUACCCACACCUACACUCUCACCUGGGAUCGUGGAAGCAAUGCAUGAGCGGUAUUCAGAUUAUUUACAGUUGGGACAGUUAGGAGGUUGUCUCCUUCUAUGUGUGCAUGAUAAACCGUCUACCAAAUUAGAGUUCUGGGUUAUGAAGGAAUAUGGGUUCCAACAGUCUUGGACUCAAAUUCUUGUCAUUGAUAACUUGUCCCCAAGAUGUUUUGGGUACAUGCCAAUUAUGUUUUUGAGUAAUGGAGAAAUCCUAAUAGCAUACGUGGAAAAGCAAAACAACUGUAGCGGCAGCCGGCUUGUUGGUUGUUACAAUCAAGAAGCAAAAACUUUCAGGCGAACUACAGUUACUGAUCUCACCCAAGAAUUUUUUCAUGCAAUUGCUUACAGUCCAUCCUUUGUUUCACUCUAUGAUGUCGCAAAAGGAGAAGAAGUCAAGAGGAUAAGUGACAGGAAGAAAUCUAAGAAGCACAUUGGUAAAUCGAAGCCCACAGAACUGGACUUCAAAUUGCAUGCUUUUGAUAUGUGGUUCGAGCGAAAUUCCUAUGAGAUUUACUUUUUGGAUGGGUGAAUGCGUAAUGUGUUAACACUAGUUUCAGUUGGAGGGAGGUGAUUCUCAAUGUGCCAACAAUGCUUUGUCACAAGACUAUCGCGAUGCUGAAUCAGUUGUUUCCUUUUGUUCCUCGUCAAAGACUGCAGCUGCCCUCCCUCUAUUGAGAUCCAGGCUGCAAGUGAUAACUUGGUUUAGGAAACAUUUUGUCGAUGUCUAACCUUAUCCUUUUUAAGUAAGUUUUGCCAAGGGGGCUUUUAGGUUACUUGUAUAGUACAAUCUUCUCUUAAUUUCAUCAUUGCAGCAUGGAUGUAAGUGAAAGAAGAAAACCACUAGGCCUAAAACCCCUCACUUAAAAAUUUCAUUUGUUAAAUUCACAGCUUAGAGGUUAUUAGAAUUUCAAUUCCAAAUUUGAAGUUUGGAUGACAUAGACGAGAUCUGGUAUGAUUUGAGAUUUUUCAGACGGUGAUUUAUUGUAGUGGCGGAAAAUGGUCAUGUUUAUGCACUCAA